AUGCGUAUUCACGCUCUUUUCGGCGUCCUGGCCUUUGGCCUCCUCGGCUUGACGUCGGCCGAGGCUUUCCCUCCCGACAACGGUUACGGAGACGGCACUUGUGCCCCUACGGCUACCACCACUGUCUUUGUCACCGUUCCUGCCACCAACGCCGCUUCUCCUCCCUUUGUGGCUGGUCCUCAGACUGUCACCGUCACUAUUCCUGCUUCUUACAAUGGAGCUCCUGGAAACCCUCUUUCUCCCGUCUAUACAGUUACCGUUCAGACCUUUGGUCCUGGUGAGAGCUCUCCCUACAAUGGCCCACGUCCCUGGGAAUCCCGCUUGACAGCUACUGGGGUUGCUACCCGCACUAUUACCCUACCUGCUCCGGACGCUGUGCCCUCUACCCCAACUGGUGGCAAUGGUUCUCCUGGUACAAACUCCCCUGGCCCUGACGACAACACUGGUACCCCUGGCACGCCUGGCCCGGGAAGCCCCGGCACCGAUGGUGGAAAUGGCUCCCCUGCGCCAGAUGGUGCCUCUGACAACCCUGGUUCAUCUGGUGGCUCACCUGCAGAUGGUUCUCAGUCCGACCCUGACUGUGUCACUGUCAUCACCACUACCUUGUACAGAACAGAGACCGGCACCGGCAAUGGUUCGCCCACCGUGGACACUGUCGUCGCUACCCUCACAUUUACCUAUCCCCAUGACGCAGAUGGAUCCAACAAUGAUGGUUCUGGCACAGUUGCCACGAAUGCUCCCGACGAUGGGCAAUUGCAGCCAUCGAUCAUUACCAGGACCGUUUAUCAACCUGCUAUAGGACCAGGUCAGCCUUCGCCAUCUCCAAGCUUGGUCGUCGAGACCAUCACCAUUCAAGCACAAGACCCGAAUGCAGCUGGCAGCAACGGCCCAGGCGUCACUGCUGUACCUGGCAUCCCUGGUGAUAGCAACAGUGGCCCGUUUUCUGUCAUUACUACAACUCUUUAUCACGCAAGGACCAUUCCUGGGCAGGCUGUUGUUACCACUGACACCAUCGUUGCCAGCUUCACAAUUGCUUUCCCUCCGGUGUCUCCCACCAACUCUGGCAACGAUGGCUCAUCCGGUUCCCCCGCAGGCACCGAUGGCAGUGUCACUUUCAUCACUACUACUUGGUACGAGACCACCACGUGUCUGGAUUCGUUGGGUAACCCCACACCUACUGUCGUGACGCAUGCCACUACCAUCGCGAGCGUGCUCCCUCUCCGGGCUUCCAACGUGCCGGAUGCUGGCGUCGGUUCACAGGCCUCAGGAGAUCAUGGCGAUCUUGUCACCGUCAUCACCGAAACUGUCUAUCGUCCCGUCCCGACACUUGGUCACAAUGGCGAAGAUUCUCCUCUCGUUGAUACCAUCGUCGCUACAAUCACUGCCACAUUCCCGGGCGACGCCAUGGACGAUGGCUCAACAGGUGCUGACAUCGUCACGGUCAUCGUUACGACGCUCUAUGUCACCGCGACCUCACCAGCAGGCUCUUCUGGCGGCGAGCUCACCUCUUCCAAUGGUGCCGUUGUUCAGACAUUGACCGUGACAAUCCCAAGUCCGCCACCUGUCCCAGGUGGUUCCUUGACUGGCGCUCCCGUGGCAACUCCCGGAUCAGGCAACGGCUUUGGGCCAGACAGUGUCAUCACUACAUCACUGUAUCGUACGGCCACGUACAUCGGUCCUGAUGGCCAGGCUACAGUCACAACCGAAACAUACGUCGCAACAAUCACCGCCGGCACUUCGCCUUUUGGUCCCUACCUUCCUACUGGUGUUCCCAAUGGUGCUCCAGGCCCUAUCCCUGACAACUAUGGUGGCGCCGGCUCCCCAAAUGCUGCCUCCGGUUCUCCCGGCUCAGGUGUCCCCGGCUCAGGUGUCCCAGGUUCCGGGGUCCCGGGUUUCUCUGAUGGCUCUUCUCCCUCUGUUGUCGUGUACACCACGACACUCCUCCCAAGCGGCCUGAUCCCAAAUGAUCCAUUUGGCAAUGGCGCUAGUACCGUUAUCACUGUUACCUUCCCCAAUCCCACGGCAACUGGACCCAAAGACAGUAUUGUGCAGACCCUGACUUACAUUUUUCCACCAGCCACGCCAGGUGCUGGAGGUGGACUGCCCAGCACACCAACAAAUCUUCCUGGUGGUCUUGGAUCUCCUGGCCAGGUUUCUCCAGUUGGCUACAAUUCCGACCUCACAGCCGGAACUGCAAUUCCAUUACCGCCCGACGGCGGCGCUGGCGAAAUAUCGGACACACUCUAUCUUACCAGCACUUUCGUGGUGACUCAGACCAUCCCAGCUGCCUAUAACAAUGGCAACAGCGUCGUGACAUACCUCUCUGUUGCCACAGCCGGCACUGCAUUGCCGUCCGUUGCUUCUGGUGCCGGUGGUGUGUUCGGGCAGCCAGGGCAACUCCAGCCCCCUGUACCCGGAGGUCAAUCUGGAAGUGGUCAAGUUCAACCACCUGCCUCGGGCGCUGGCCAAUCCGGCACUGGUCAACCUGGGACUGGACUGCCUGGCACCGGACUGCCUGGCGCUGGACAGCCUGGUACCGGGCAGCCUGGUACCGGACAACCUGGCAUCGGUCAACCCGGUACUGGUCAACCCGGUACUGGUCAAUCACAACCACUUGUUCCUGGCACCGGACAGCCCGGGGCUGCGCAACCACAGCCACUUGUUUCCGGGAGUUCCUCUCCUGCGUCGGCGCCUUGUACUUCUGGUCUGCAAACAGGAAUCGGAGGUCUCUCAGGAACUGUUGCUCCUGCUCAGCCAUUGCUACCAUCAGGUGAGGCCACACUGCCUGGUGGUUAUGGAUUCACUCAACCCCCAAUGCAGCCUCCUGCUGGCGUGCCCACUCCCGCUCAGCCCGUCAACAACCCACUGCUUUCAAUCUCGGGAGCUCUCCCCCUCAUUGGAACCCAGUCACUCAAUCCUCUUCUUCCUACCGGUGUUCCGCAGCCGCCUUCUGGUAUUCCCCCAGCCGCGGGAAACCCCGCCCAACAAGUUCCCGGUGCUGCUGCUGAACACAACAGCAAGGAUUGUUCCACCACUCUGCGAACCUUGAUCGUCACCUCUGUCCAGACUAGCACAUUCUUCAAUAUCGUGCCUGAACUCACCACGACUUAUACCUUCCCGUAUCAAGCACUCGUCACGGUCGAAAGCACCAUUGUGACAGCAGAGUCGGCCCCAACUCUUUUGAAGAAAUUCAGGCGCCAGCACGACGAACCCCUUGUCUUUGCAAACACAACUCAAGGAGGCCACCCAGCGUCUUUCGCGCCCCCUGUCGAUGCCACUCUAAUUACGAUCCAGCCUGCGGUGAUCCCAACCGCUCUGAGGCGUUUCAAGCGACAUGUUGACAUCAAACCGGCCUUUGCCAACACUACCACAACUGCCUCCAGACCCUCUGCCAUUACUAGGGAGCCGACAUUGUCAACUCUUUUUCCAAAACCAACCCAUGGAAACUCCACCUUCAUUUCGACUUCAUCGCUUCCGGCUUUGUCUGGAACUACUGUGCAGCAAUCUACUGCGUCUCCUGUCCGCGAUCAUACCAGCAGUAGUCUCUCAUCAAGAUUGUCCGACACACCAAGCAACAUCUUGACGGCAUCCGCCACCAUACCUGUUCAAGUUCCAAUCUGCACGGGAGCAAAGGAAGUCGGUAACCAGGUGCUUGAUUUUGAUGAGCUGCCCGUCGGCCCACUUUACAACCCGUACAGUCGCUUCUGGUUCUCCACUGGAUUCCUCAUCGCGCCUCCGCCAUCAGUGCCAUAUACCCCUUCGUCUGGAGGCCGACUUCUCGAGUUUGUGCCUCCAGUUCUUACGAACGGCACGCUUGAUACCUCGCAGUUCGGGGCUGGCAUUGAUGCAGCUUCGAAUUGUUUCCGGUUCAAUUUCUUCGGCGCCAAUCUUGGCUGCGAUGCCCAUGGGGAGAAUCAGUUCUGCGAGUUCACCUUCACCGGCUACCGCUUCAACUCGACCCUCAAUGCUGAGGCCGAAGUCUUGUCACAAGUCACAUGGGUGCCAUCAUGCCCCACGCUCAAGGAAUGCAAUCUCACACCGUUCUUGGUGGAGGGAUUCAACAACCUUUCAUCUGUUCUUGUCACUCUUCGGGUUGACGGCAAGCCUCGCCCUUGGUGGGCGGAUGACCUCAAGGUUGGCUGGACUGACAACAGUUGCGAUGCGGCCCGGUGCCGCGCUGGCACACCACACCACACAGCCACCAAGCGUGGUAAAGAAGGCGAACCCGUCUGGUACUGGACUCCUGGUGGUCUGCGCCGACUCGGGUCCCGCUUCAUGAAGUUCAGGGGUUGA